ACGAAACUACAUCUAGCACGAAGCCGUCAUAUGGUUUAACGCAAGCCAAGUUGAUCCAAAGCAUAGACGUUCUGUAAAUCCCAGCGAUUCACUCAGCGUCGUUUCUGCUAUCUGAACAUUUCAUACCACAAUGGCUGACUACUGGAAGUCGCAGCCUAAAAAGUUUUGCGAGGCCUGCAAGUGCUGGUUUGCAGACAAUAAGGCGAGCAUAGAUUUUCAUGAAAGGGGUAAAAAUCACCAAGCCAAUGUGCAGAAGCGAAUCACAGAGAUCAUGAAGAAAGGAAAGAAGAUGCAGAAAGCUCAGCUGAACUAUGAAAACAUCAUGGAUGGAAUUAACCAGGCUGCAUUACAGGCGUUUGAAAAAGACGUGAAGACCGGAGGCUCGAAAAUUGACGCAUAUAGAUAUGCUGCUGAGGAAGCCAAGCUCAAGGAAAAGGCAGCGGAGAAAGAGCAGGCAAAUUUUCCUACACCAGCAGUGCAAGUAGUGUCAUGGUUUGAAGGUGUCACUGAGGGAGGGGAGACAUACUAUUGGAACAUGGAGACUGGAGAAUCUACAUGGGAGAAACCAGAGUGCGAAUAUGUCCCACUUUCCAACCAACAAGAACCAUCCGGUGAGAGUGCACCACCAGAGGAUGACUCGUCACAGGAACCAGACUCAACUAUAGGACCAGCGCCUAAGGCAAGUCCGUAUGGAGAGUGGCAAGUGGUCAGACCCAAGCAGGUGCCAAAGAUAGAUUUGCAACUUCCCCAAAAGCCAGAAGGUGUUGAAGAGGUUGUCAUUAGUGUACCAAGUGACGCUCCCACAAGGAUGAAGUUUAUGGAAAAGACUGUGGGUAGCCUUGAAUCCAAGGAAGGCGAAGAUGCAAGUUCUGUAUUCAAAAAGCGCAAGUUUGGCUCUCACAGCAAAAGGAAUGUGAGGCAGCGAACUGAUGAUGACUAGACCGGACUGCAUGCCCCAAUGCAGUGCUUUGUAUGUAAAUAAAUGUAAAUACAUCAUGCAUUU